AUGGAGGACGCUCCCACUGUAGCAGUCAUAGGACUAGGACCGGCUGGCCUCGUAGCAUUGAAGAACCUGCGAGAAGAAGGAUUCCACGCCACAGGUUUCGACCGCAACGACCACGUCGGCGGAUUAUGGCAGUACUCAGAGAAAGAGCAAACGUCGGUAAUGCAAACCACAACCGUAAACGUCUCAAAAGAGCGAUCUUGUUACACUGAUUUCCCUUACCCGGACGACGUACCGUCGCAUCCAGCGGCUACGCAGGUUCAGCAAUACUUGACAGACUAUUCGAAGCAUUUCGGACUGGAACCUUAUAUGCGGCUUAAUACUGCCAUCGAGCAAAUCACGUUCGAUGACGAGCGGGAGAAAUGGGUUGUAGAUGUGAAAGGUGGCGGGAAGGAGUACUUUGAUAAAGUUGUUGUAGCGAUUGGGGGUAUGGUUGGUAAGGCCAGUCUGCCAGUCAUAGAAGGCGUGGAAAGGUUUGCUGGACCUAGUGUACACUCGCAAGCUUUCAAGCGGCCGGCAGACUACAAGGGGAAGAGAGUCAUGGUUGUAGGGUUCAGCAACAGUGCGGCGGAUACAUCUACUCAGCUGGUGGGAAUAGCAGAUAAAGUGUAUUUGGCACAUCGGCAUGGAGCUCGGGUUUUCCCGCGGCGCAUAAAGGGUGUCCCGAUAGACCACACGCACAACCUACGUCUCGCCACCUUCCAAAGCCUCAUCAUAACGUACUUCCCUCGCCUCGGCGAGUUCCUCUUCGAUAAAUUCCUCAAGAAACUGCAAGACCAGAGUUUCAACAUCCGCCCUGAAUGGCGCUUCGAGCCCGCAAGUAAGGUACCAGUGGUAUCUGAUACGUUAGUCCCCUGCCUCGAGGACGGCAGCAUCACAUCAGUCGCAGGCAUCAAGCGCAUUGUGAAUGCUACUGAGGUAGAGUUGCAAGACGGGACAAAAGUUGACGUGGACGCAAUAAUCUGGUGUACGGGCUACAAGUCCGACUUCAGCAUGAUCGAGCCGCGUUUCAAUCCUGAAUGUCGGCCUCAAGCGUGGCUCGACGCGCCGGGCUCGAAUGGGAAGUCACUCUUCCGUCUCUACAAGAACGUGUUUUCACUCGAGAAGCCGGAUAGCCUGGCGUUCAUGGCUACUGUUCACAUCACGAUUAGUGGGUUUAAGAUCUUCGACUUGACAACCAUGGCUAUAGCCCAGGUCUGGGCGGGCAAAUCCUCUCUACCCUCACUUCCGGAUAUGAAGCUUGCUGUGGAUGAACACCACAUACGGUUAGCAGAGACGGCAAAGCGUGUUUACAACUUGUCGCCAGGGCAAUGUGAGACAGGUGAUUGGGUCGCGGCCAUGGACGAGCUUGCCGGUACGGGUGUUAACGAGUACCUGGGAUACGGGUGGAAAGGCUGGCUGUUUUGGCUUCAGAACAGGAGGUUCUGCAACCUGCUGAUGGGCGGGAUAUGGAGUCCGCACAUACAUCGCGUGUUCAGCACAGGCAAGAGGAAGUGCUGGGAUGGGGCGAGGGAGGCGAUUGAGAGAGUAAACGAAAGUGUUGCUAACAUGAGGAAAGAAGAAAAGAAGAAGAGUGGUUGA